AUGAAGGCAUCUCUGAGCGCAGCUAUCCAUGUCAGCGCAAAACGGAAACACUCGUUUACGGACGACCUGGAGACCAGCGCUUUGGAGAUGGAGAGCGAGAGUGAGAGUACCGAGUGGGGAGGCAAAUCGCUCAAGGUGAUGCCUGCACACCCCAAGUAUGCCGAUCCAAACUCGCCGUGUGCUGUAUUCAGGAAGAUAACCUUCAGUGAAUCAAUGAAACCGAUCGGGAACCCUCAGAAAGCGGCACAUACGCUCGUCAAGAUUGCUGGUCUCGCAGACAUGCUGCUGCAUCUGCAGCCCGGGACGGAGUCUAUGGCAAUUGUGGCUGGCAGCACCGAGGGCAAACGUGAAUCAGACAUGGGCGAGUUUCUUGCGCAGCGAGUUGUCAACCUCAAGAAGCCGACUGUCACUCUCGUGACAUAUUGUCAAAAAUUUUAUCCACGCAGUUUACGAGAUUUACCCGCUCGUCUCUCUCACUCCGUUUUCCAGUGGUACAAGCACUUCGCCGGCUACGCGCCCGCCUCCGGCAACACCAACGACCCCGUUGAGACCGUCCCAUACGGUAAACGCCGCGGCAAAGAACUACGCUCGCUGACUCCAGCGCUCACCCUCCCGUUCCCUCCGAACUCACACGAGGGUAGGCGCCUACGUCGCGAACAGUUCCGCAAGCGCUACGCUACCGACAAGGCCGACUUUAAGCAGCAUCUAGCUGCACGCAAAAUCCAACAGGCGCGCGAACGGAUCCUCGCCGGUUCGUCAAAGCCAACACUCGAGCAGCAUCUCGCUGCCAUCCCACCAGCGACACAUACGCUGAUCACCCCGAAGCCAAUACUCAUCGACUUCGACAAGCACACUCCUGCCGACCUUGUCCGCAUCUUCACACCAAAGUUCGAUGGCACGCUCAAACGCCUCGACGUCUUUGAGACUCUCGAGCUUGACGACCUCAACUCCGACCGAGUCCGCAAUCUCUGCCGACUCAUCGAACAGCUCACGUGCAUCAAGCGCUGUCUAGCGGACGUCUGUAACAUUGUCAAAUAUGAGGAGUGGCGCAAGUGGAAAUUAGGGUGCAGGGAAAUAGGGGAUAUCUCGUUCAAAGGGCUACGCAAGAACAAAGCCCGGAUUGUACAAGCGCUCAGCGCAGUUUACGUGAACGGAUAUUUUGACGUGGUUAGGUUUUACGAGAACAAAUAG